CGGACCGAGCCGUGAAACCACUCCGAGGCACAUCCAUUCAUGAGCUGAAGGCUGAGGUAGAUCUGUAGCAGAGGACCAGCAGCACCAGCAGCAGCAGCGGCGGCAGCGGCGGCAGUGUUGGUGCGACCAUGAGGUCAGAGGCCUUGUUACUGUACUUCACGCUACUGCACAUAGCCGGGGCGGGCUUCCCCGAGGACAGCGAGCCUAUCAGCAUCUCACACGGCAACUACACAAAGCAGUACCCAGCGUUUGUAGGCCACAAACCUGGCAGGAACAACACGCAGCGGCACAAACUGGACAUCCAGCUCAUCAUGAUCAUGAACCGGACGUUAUACAUCGCUGCCAGGGAUCACAUAUACACGGUGGACACAGACACUGCCAACAGUGACGAGAUCUUUUUCAGUAAGAAAAUGACAUGGAAGUCCAGACAGGCAGAUGUGGACACGUGCAGAAUGAAAGGGAAACAUAAGGAUGAGUGUCACAACUUCAUCAAAGUCCUCCUGCAGCAAAAUGAUGACACGUUGUUUGUGUGUGGGACAAAUGCUUUCAACCCCUCCUGUCGGACCUACAAGAUGGACACCCUGGAGGCUCUGGGGGAGGAGAUCAGUGGGAUGGCACGCUGCCCGUAUGACGCCAAGCACGCCAACGUCGCCCUCUUUGCUGGUGGCAAGCUGUACUCGGCCACCGUGACAGACUUUCUAGCGAUCGAUUCGGUCAUCUAUCGUAGCCUAGGAGACAGCCCGACUCUGCGCACUGUCAAGCACGACUCCAAGUGGCUGAAAGAGCCCUACUUUGUCCAGGCAGUCGAUUACGGGGACUUCAUCUACUUCUUCUUUCGGGAAAUUGCUAUGGAGUACAACACAAUGGGGAAGGUGGUGUUUCCUCGGGUGGCCAGGGUCUGUAAGGACGACCGAGGCGGCUCGCCACGAGUCCUGGAGAAACAGUGGACCUCGUUUCUCAAGUCUCGCCUGAACUGCUCCAUCCCCGGCGACUCCCACUUCUACUUCAACAUCCUGCAGGCCGUGACUGAUGUCAUCCACAUCAACGGGAGGGACGUUGUGAUGGCAACCUUCUCCACACCUUACAACAGUAUUCCAGGCUCGGCGGUGUGCGCCUACGACAUGGCGGAGGUGGCCAACACGUUCACAGGGCGUUUCAAAGAGCAGAAAUCCCCAGACUCCACCUGGACGCCUUUUCCUGAAGACAAGGUUCCCAAGCCAAGGCCUGGCAACUGCGCCGGCAUCCCGUCCAUGGAGAGGUACAAGGUAUCCAAUGAGUUCCCAGACGACACGCUCAACUUCAUCAAGAUGCAUCCACUGAUGGACGAGGCAGUGCCCGCCAUUGCCAACAGGCCCUGGUUUCUCAAGACCAUGGUCCGGUAUCGUCUGACGCGCAUCGUGGUGGACAAUGAAGCGGGCCCCUAUAGGAACCACACCGUGGUCUUCUUGGGGUCUGAGAAAGGCAUCAUUGUCAAGUUCCUGGCCACCAUGAACAGUGGCUUCCUAAACGAUAGCGUGUUUCUGGAGGAGCUCAACGUCUACAACCCUGACAAGUGCAGCAUAGACGGCGUGGAUGACAAGCGCAUUAUCGGCAUGCAGAUCGACAGCAAGAGUCACGCUUUGUGGGUCGCUUUCACCUCCUGUGUGGUUAAAGUGCCGCUGUCUCGCUGUGAAAGACACGGGAGAUGCAAGAAGUCCUGUAUAGCCGCCAGAGACCCGUACUGUGGCUGGGUGUCAGAAGGAGCCUGCAAACAGGUGGUCGAUAACGCAAAAUCAGCCUUUGAGCAGGACGUGGAGCAUGGUAACACAGAUGGCCUGGGAGACUGCCAAAACACCUUUGUGGCGCUGAACGGCCACCAUCACCACCACCAUCACCGCACCCUCUCACUCCCCACCCCGGCCCUGCCCGAGGCCGCAGAGGGCCCCCUGGGGCGGGGCCGCAUGGUGGAGCGGAAGGACCCCCCCAUGAGCUCAGACAAAGGGGAGGACCCCUACGUAGCCGUGCCCUCUCAGACUCAGCCCGAAGCCAAUGGUGUGAUCCGUGAGAGCUACCAGAAGGGUCGUGACCAGCUCGUCCCUGUGACCUUGCUGGCCAUCGCCGUCAUCCUCGCCUUUGCCAUGGGCGCCAUCUUCUCUGGCAUCAUUGUCUACUGCGUCUGCGACCACCGGCGGCGAGACAUUGACAUGACGGGCCGCAAGGAAAAGGACAACCACCACCACCUCCACCCCCGCCGGGGAUCCAUGAACAGCGUGACCAAGCUCACUGGCCUGUUUGAGACACAGGCCAAAGACGGCCGCUCCGAGGCAAUCCUCACCCCUCUGAUGCACAACGGGAGGCUGACGCCCAACGGGAAGAUGCUGAUAAAAGCAGAUCAGCACCACCUGGACCUGGCUGCUCUGCCGACGCCUGAGUCCACCCCCAUGCAGCCGCGUCGCAAGCCCAGCCGGGGUAGCCGGGAGUGGGAGAGGAACCAGAACCUCAUCAAUGCAUGCACCAAGGACAUGCCACCAAUGGGCUCGCCUGUCAUCUCCACCGACCUGCCCCUGAGGGCCUCGCCGGGCCACAUCCCCAGCGUGGUGGUCCUGCCUUUGCCGCAGCAUCAGCACCAGCUCCAGCCUCACCUGCAGCAACAUCAGCAAUCCUAUCAGCACGAGUACGUGGAGCAGCCGCACCACAGCGACCACGGCAUGGGCCACGCCGUCAUGGACGACCAGGGGGCCACCCUGGAGUACAAGACGGUCAAGGGCCCCUGCCACAACCUCAACAUGGUGGAUCCAGAUGGGAUGCUGCCGCCGCGCGUGCCCCAGCGAGAGGCCUCUCUCACCGUCCCCCCGGCCGUCCCACAGAUGGGCAAACGCCUGGAGGUCCACUCGUCAGUCUAUGGUCUCCGGAAGGGUUCGGCGUCCGGAGCGUCCGGUUCCUCCGCCCUCAAGAGGCACAACACCAACUCAUCUAACUCCUCCCAUUUGGCGAGGCAUCAAAGCUUCAACCGUGUGGAGACGCCGCCCCCGGCGCCUCAGAGGGUGGACUCCAUACAAAUGACAGCACAGGGCAUAUCUCUGUCACGGCAGCCUGGAAUGAGCUCCUACGGGUCACUGCCCCGAACGGGCAUCAAAUAUCUCAAGCCCGACGUUCCCCCCAAACCCUCCGUAGUCUCACUCUCCACAAAAGUCAAGUCCAGUGACUCCUGCACAUAGUCGGCUACUUAUCCGGUUGGUCAAAUGUGAACAGCAGCUAAAGGGUUUUUUUUCUGAAUGAGAGAAAAAACAGGGAAUACUGUACAACUUGCAUCUCUUUUUAGUGUUUUUUGUUUGUUUGUUUUUGGUGUACAGUACAGUGCGACACAGUUUUUUUCUUUUAAAGAAAACACUUUCUUUUGAUAUAAAUAUGUAAAUAUUUACAACUGGUUGUCGUCAUUUGAUUCUCGUCACGGAGCUUGUGCUCUGGCUGACUCCCAGUUCCUCUGUAACCACACAUGGGAACAUGUGUGCUACUGAAGCAGAAGAUGAUACUUCAUCCGACGGCGCCCUGUAGCAUCCAAGACGGUGGCUCUCUUGUUUGUGCUGUCUUUGGCCACCGGGACUUGAUUUGAUACUUAAUCACCCUGAUAAAAAAAACAAAAUAAAAAAAAAACAAGCACACAGGAAGACAGCACUGGGGGAGGGGGUUUUGGAGAAGAAUCGCUGUACAGUACCUUGAGGACUGGGAAAUCUGAGCGAGCAAGCACUCAGAGAGACUGAGCUCGGACUGAAAAGGACAGACGGCUCUGCCGAGUUCUGUCAGAAACUGUGAAAAAAGCCUCUCAGUGUUUCAGCAAUCAAGUCCUGCCUGGGUUUUAACUGAACCCCUGGGCCAGAGGAAUCUUCUACUGUACUGGUUACUGAAUAACACAUGACUGUUAAUACUAAUAGCUUGUUGUAUUUAUUUUUAUUAAGUGCUUUUGAAAAAAAUAAACUUUCUAGGCUCGGAGAGAGAGAGAGGGAUAACAGAGAAGAGAUCUUUUAAUAUUAAUGAAUCAAGUGUGAGGGGGGGAAAAAAACCUAUUUAAAGUCAUUAAACUGGAGCCCAUAGAACUUUCUUGAUGACUGAGGGUCCACUAGGUCUUACUGUGCGCUCAGUACCUGCAGCUUGAGAGAUAUGUGACCUCUGAGACGAGAAGAGAUAUUUAUUUAAACUGUGCCAGACAGGGACUUUUACCUUUGUGGACCAGAUUUCCCGUUGUUUUAGACCAAUCAUGAAAAAAAAUAACUUCCCCAAUCUCACCCUUUCACUCCUCCAAUGAGCAUCCCCCAUCCCUCCGUCCCCCAAUCAGCACUGUGGUUUUUUGUGUGAGUCAGUAACAUUUGUCCUGAUUGGUCGCUGGCUUACCGGUGCCAUCAAAGCUCACUGUUGCAUGAUGCAAAACUUAAGAGAAGCAAAUGCGGCAACAGUGCAGGACGUCUGCGUAUACGCGCGUACAAAAAGGGAGUGACGCUGCGUGCAGGCGGAGCGGUGCCUCCACCUGGCUGGCUCGCCGUCGUCGUCUCUUCUGGCGGAUGAGCAGGCAGAAAAAGGAAAAGUACAAAAACAUCUGGCCUGCUUCUUUUUCCACAUGUAAAUUUGUGCCUUACACCCUAAAGUAGUGACAAUGUUUUCUUUAAUAGCUGUUGACUUUGUCUCUUCGUAGUAUUUCUUAUUUUUUAUUUUUAUUACGUCACAAUAUUUCCCUGGUUUGAUAAAAAUGCAAUUAAAGAAUGUAGGUGUUAUUGUUGUAAUUCUGGUCCUUAGACAUAAACUUACGGAGGGAGGAGAGGAAGGAUAAUACCUUCUUUUCUCUCUCUCUCUCUCUCUCACACACACACACAAACAAACACACACACAUACAUACACACACACACACACUCACCUUUGUGGUUCAUUUCUGAUUGUGCCAUUAAUACGCUUCAAGCAACCCUUUAUGUUGUGCUGGCAGUGUCGAUGAAGACGUUGUGUUUCUGUUUUUUUUUAUACGAUUAAAAAGUCCUGGUAUUUUUUUAUUUUGAAUUUUUGCUGUCUGUUGGUUUGGAGUGAUGGUUGAUUGACUGAUUAACCUGAACAAUUAAUGUUUGUUACAUGAGAAGGCCAGUGUAUGGGUAUCUUUCUGGUGCACUGCAAUAAUAAUGCAACACUAGCGAAACACACAGCGCGGGAUAAACAUAGGCACCCGGUGUACUACUAACAGCUCUAGGCUUCUUGUGUGCAUCGUGACACUCGCUUGUUAGGCCGUCGCAUAAACAGGCUGGUUCCUGUGAAGAAAGUUGACGUUUUAAAACAACAAUUUAAAAGAAAUGUACCUUAUUUAACCCCCAGGUUUGAGGAAGCUUAGUUUUUUAUUUCGCUUCACUAACUCUCCUUAUCAAAGCCUCGUGAAUGGCUGAGAGUUUGACUAAUCCGACCUUUUUUUUUUUGGCUGUCACUUUCCUUUUUACUUGAGGAUUUUUUAUUGAUUACCCUCUCCCCUCCCCCCCAACACUAAAAUCAACAGAGCACUCCCUUAGUGUUGUAUGUGUAGAUAGGUAAAAGUUUUUCUUGAUGUCAAGCAAUUUUUCUGUUUCUCAAUGGAGGAAAGCCAACUAUGUCUCAAUCCACAGCUAACGUGAGAAAGAACGUGUGACCCGACUGACGUGUACAGAGGCGCUCCUGUUGCAAAUUGACGGGGUCAAGAGCAACAGAUUGGGACAAAGCGAGAGGAGGGUGCCCCCCUCAGACAGCUAUCCCACUGAUUACAUAAAGCUAUGAUCUUCAAAGUGCAUAUGACCCAAGAUAAUUAUGAAGGGCGUGUUUACUCCGUAAUACCACUGCAUUAUAGACUGGUUACUGGACACUACGCUACUGUGGGUGCAGUUUCUGCAACAUCAAACGUUUGACGUCGGUGGGGUUUGAACAUUUUUACAAAUGGACUGGGUAUUUGACUGUGAAGGCUGCUGUGGACAGUGAGGUUCUUUGGUGUGUGCCUUUUUUGUCUUUCACCCUUGUUAUAAUACACUGCUAUUAGAUGCAAAUCGACUCUCUUCUCAACCUUUUGAACUUUGUAAACUUGUAAGAUAUUGUGACGUCACAAAGUUUUUUGCCCUACUCUCUCCACUUCCUUAACAUCUGAUUCACAGCUUAAUGUAUGUUGUAAAGAAAAAAAAAACUCUU